CCCUUGCGGCGGUGCCGGUGCGGAGCGCGGGGCGGCAGCGGCGGGGGCAGCGGGGGCGGCGCCGAGUGGACGGACGGACGGACGGACGGACGGACGGACGGAGACACCGGGGACGGGCGGGUGGGCGAGCGGCCGCGCAGGAGGAGCGCUCCAGGCAGCCCUGCAACCUUCCCCUGCUCCGAGGGGGAAACCGAGGCACGGCAGGGAAACCGAGGCACGGCGUGGCGCAGGCGCUUGCUCCGCGUCCUCCCGGCAGGUGCCCGCUCCGCCAUGUGGACCUUUGCGCUGCUGUGGCUGGCUCUGGCCGGAGCCGCGGCUUCGCUGCGAUGCCCCGAUGGGCGGCCGUGCGCCGCGGCGCCGUCCCUGCCCAUGUUCUCCGCCAACAGCGUGAGCGAGCCGGCCGGGAGCGCGUGCCAGGACGGGUCGCGGUGCCCCGCCGGGUACAGCUGCCUGCCCGCCGCCUCCGGCUCCUUCGCCUGCUGCCCGCUGGCAGAGGGCGUCCCCUGUGCCGGCGGGCACCGCUGCUGCCCCCGGGGCUCCCAGUGCAGCGCUGACGGCAAAUCCUGCUUCACCCGCCCAGCGCUCAGUGCCAUCCAGUGCCCCGAUGGCGAGUCCGAGUGUCCCGACAACUCCACGUGCUGCGCGAUGCCCAGUGGCGCCUGGGGGUGCUGCCCCAUGCCCGAGGCCUCGUGCUGCGCGGACAAGGUGCACUGCUGCCCCCGCGCCACCGUCUGCGACCUGGCCCGCGGCCGGUGCCUGGCGCCCGCCGGCCCGCUCCCGCUGCGCGCCAAGCUCCCGGCGCGCCGCUCCCAGCCCUGGGUGCCAGCGCUGCUCAGCCGGGUGACCUGCCCCGACGGCCUCUCGGCGUGCCCGGACGGCACGACCUGCUGCCAGCUGCCCUCGGCCCAAUACGGCUGCUGCCCGCUGCAAAACGCCGUGUGCUGCAGCGACCGGCGGCACUGCUGCCCGCAGGGCACCGCCUGCGACCUGGAGCGCUCCGAGUGCGCGUCGGCCCGCGGCGCCGCGCGGCCGCUCGCCCGCCUGCCCGCCGCCCCCGCCGCAGUCGGUGACGUGAAGUGCGACGAGGAGAUGAGCUGCCCCGACGGGAACACGUGCUGCCGCCUGAGCUCGGGCAAAUGGGGGUGCUGCCCCCUGGAGCAGGCCGUGUGCUGCCCCGACCACGUGCACUGCUGCCCCCAGGGCUACACGUGCGACCCCGAGGGGGGCAGCUGCCUGCUGGGGGGCGUCCGCAUGCCCUGGCAGGAGAAGGUGCCGGCGCUGGCGCGGGGCCGGGACGUGAAGUGCGACGAGGAGACGAGCUGCCCCGACGGGAACACGUGCUGCCGCCUGAGCUCGGGCAAAUGGGGGUGCUGCCCCUUAGAGCAGGCCGUGUGCUGCCCCGACCACGUGCACUGCUGCCCCCAGGGCUACACGUGUGACCCCGAGGGGGGCAGCUGCCUGCUGGGGGGCGUCCGCGUGCCCUGGCAGGAGAAGACGCCGGCGCUGGCGCGGGGCCGGGACGUGAAGUGCGACGAGGAGAUGAGCUGCCCCGACGGGAACACGUGCUGCCGCCUGAGCUCGGGCAAAUGGGGGUGCUGCCCCUUGGAGCAGGGCUCUGGGUGUCCCCCCGAGGGGGGCAGCUGCCUGCAGCCGGGGGUCCGCCUGGCCCAGCCGGCGGUGGCGACGGCCGCGGGGGCUGGCUGGGUGCUGUGCGACACCCGCACCGCCUGUCCCGACAACACCACGUGCUGCCGCGCCCCCACCGGACCCUGGCUGUGCUGCCCCCUGCCCCAGGCCGUGUGCUGCUCCGACGGCUUCCACUGCUGCCCCUCGGGCUACACCUGCGACCUGGCGCAGGGCACGUGCCACCAGGAGCAGCUGGCGGUGCCCUGGGUGGCCAAGACGCCGGCGGCCCGCCGGGGCCGGGCCGUGAAGUGCAACGCGACGGCGAGCUGCGCCGACGGGCAGACCUGCUGCAGGAGCCAGAGCGGCGACUGGGCCUGCUGCCAGCUGCCCAGCGCCGUGUGCUGCAAGGACCGGCAGCACUGCUGCCCCCGGGGCUACACCUGCAACGUGGCGGCGCAGAGCUGCGAGAAGCGGCGGGCGCCGGGCCCGCGGGUGCAGAGCGCCCGCUCGCAGCCCGCUGCCGCCGGGCCCUGCGCCGGCGCCCGCUCCUCCUGCGCCGGCGGGCGGAAAUGCUGCCCAGGCCCCGGGGGCUCCUGGAGCUGCUGCCCCUUUUUGCAGGGCUCCUGCUGCUCCGACGGGCGCCGCUGCUGCCCCGCCGGGUACCUCUGCACCUCGGGCUCCUGCAGCCGGCGCCGGCCCCUGCGCUGGGACCUGGCCGGCCCCGACCCCGGCAGGGUGCUGCUGUGACGGGCCGCUGGCCUCGUACCCCGGGAACAGGGAGGGGGGGUCCCCGUCACCCGCCCCCCGCGGGUGACACUGUGCCAAUAAACGAUUUCUAGGGACGUCCCGGCGCACUGUGCCUCGCCGGGAGCCCGGCGCUCCAGGAAGGGGAAACUGAGGCAAGAGGCAGUGACCCUCCCACACACACACACUCCCCACGCCCCCCCCCCCCCCCCAACCCCGUAAGGAAGCAGAGGCGGACGCGGCGCUGCGUUGACGGGGUUUUUUUUUUUAUAUAUUAAUACCAUUCUAACGAACAAGCAGGAAGGGGGGGGGCAGCCCCGGGCUGCAGCGGGCACCGGCUCCCGGCCCAGGGAGGGUGCGGGGGGGGGGGGGCCCUGUGCUCCACCCCCCCCCUCCCCGGUACAUGCACGGCCCCAACUUUCCCUUCUUUUUUCCUCGCCACGUAUAAAACUUUUAGAAACACGAUUAAAAUCCCAAGGGAUUAAAAUCCCAGCGGGUGGCAGGGC